UGUGCAAUGCAUCAAUUAAUAUUCCUUCCCAUUUAGGUUAUAGAAUAUUAUUAUUCUACACCGAUUAUAACAUCAAGAUUAGUUCUCUUUUUCUAGUUUCUUCUACAUAUGUCUAUAUGUAGAGGCGAAUAUAUGGUUUAGUGAUGGAAUUAUAAAGGUGCAACUUAAGUAUCACAGUCAUGGAAAUAGUCUCUCCAUAUAUUAUGUGAGGUAAGGUUUGCGUACGUACAUCAUGUCUGUUCUUAACCCACCCACUACGAAAACCUUGGACACGGAAGUUGCUUAUUGUAUAUAUAUAGCGCUUGCCGCUUGGAUAAAGUAGACUCAAAUUGGUUGAAAGAAGAGGCUAGAGAUUAUCAAGAGAUCAGAAAAGGCAUGGAAGCUAGGCGGAGAACUAUUAGUGUCUUGAUGCUCCCAUGGCUAGCUCAUGGUCACAUAUCUCCUUACCUAGAGCUAGCCAAGAAACUCACAAAGAGAAACUUUCACAUAUACUUUUGUUCAACACCAAUCAUUCUCAAUUCAAUCAAACCAAAAAUCUCCCAAAAAUACUCACUUUCAAUCGAACUAGUGGAACUCCAUCUCCCAUCAUUAGAAGGCCUUCCUCCUCAAUAUCACUCAACCAAAGGCCUACCACCCCAUCUCAUGACAACCCUCAAGGAAGCACUUGACAUGUCAAGCCCUAACUUCACCAAAAUCUUGGAAAACUUGAAGCCAGACUUGUUACUCUAUGACUUCAUCAUGCCAUGGGCACCGGAAACUGCUCAGCGUAUGAAUAUUCCGGCUGUCAACUUCUUGGAAACCUCGACGGUAAUGAUUGCUUUUUCAGUUCAUAGAGUUAGAAACCCUAGUGAAGAAUUUCCUUUUCCGGGAAUUUUUCUCCAUGACUACGAGAAAUUGUUGUUUGACAAAGCUCUGGAAGAUGGCCAAGUCAAAGAUAAGUUUUUUAAGUGCUUGGAAAAAUCUUGUAACAUUGUUUUGUUCAAGACUUUCCAUGAAUUGGAAGGAAAGUAUCUAGAUUAUCUUUCUGAAAUCUUUAAAAAGAAGAUGGUCCCAGUCGGUCCACUCGUUCAAGACCCUAUAGAAGAAAUGGAAGAUGGAAGCAAAGAGAUUAGCAAAUGGCUUGACAGGAAGGAACAAUCGUCAACUGUGUUCGUAUCGUUUGGGAGCGAGUACUUCUUAACCAAGGAAGAACGAGAAGAAGUAGCUUAUGGACUUGAGAUUAGCAAAGUAAACUUCAUAUGGGUCAUUAGAUUUCAUGAAGAAGAGAAAACCAACCUUGAAGAAUCACUUCCACUCAAAUUCAUCGAUCGGAUCGGAGAGAAAGGGCUUGUUGUAGAAGGUUGGGCACCACAAGCAAGGAUUCUAAGGCAUUGUAGCGUUGGAGGAUUUGUGAGUCAUUGUGGAUGGAGUUCAGUGAUGGAGAGCAUGAAGUUUGGAGUGCCAAUAAUUGGGAUGCCAAUGCAACUUGACCAACCAUUGAAUGCUAGGUUGGUUGAAGAUGUUGGGGUUGGUGUAGAAGUGAAGAGAAACAAAAGUGGGAGAUUUGAAAGGGAGGAGAUAGCAAAGGUGAUAAGAGAGGUAAUGGUGGAGAAAAAUAGAGAUGUUAAGAGGAAAGCUAAGGAAAUGAGUGAGAAUUUGAUUAACAGAGGAGAGACAGAGAUUGACGAAAUGGUGAAUGAAUUGGUCAAUCUAUGUGGAUUUUGAACCACAUCACUAGAUUCAUCUCACUAUACAUAUGUUUUAUAUAUGUAUAAAUAAUUUUUCUCUUAUGCAAUCAUAUAAUAAAGGUGUAUUUUGCAUAUUUCUAUCUCAGUCGUCGAAUCAUCCAACGAUUGAGAUUUUAAAACUUUAUACAUAUCCCUCACUCGACCCUACACGACAUAAAUAACUGCAAAAUACCAACCUUGUUAAGUGGAUCUGCAAUUGUUUUGCCAAAAACAAAAUCAUGUACUAGAAAGUUGCUUAAAAUGACAAUCAAACACUAAAAUAGCUUUUGUUACAAGAAUGGAUUCUAGAGUUGUUGAUUGUAAAACCAAACAGAACCGUACCCAAUUAAAAUUCCUUAAAUAGUAGUCAACAGCUUGUAAUUCGAGAACUACAGAAAAAUCUCUUGGUUCCAAACCAGUAACUUGUUCAAUGUUCAUGGAACAAAAUAU